GUGUGUGUGUGUGUGUAUGCGUCAAUGCCCACUCUUGCGGGUGUUUGUGUGUGUGUGUCGGGUCUUUCUUGCCUCUGGCAUUGAAAGGUCCUGGUGUAGUGUCUGGUUUGCUUAGAUUACAGAUUGUGACAUUUGGCUCACGCGUGGGCGGGCUAGUAGAAAUGUUCAAAGGUUGCUGACUGCUCAGUAUAACUUGGUCAGACAGGACCAGGGAGACUUUAGACCCAGCCAGGGAAGGAACUUUCACCUACACCGCAAGCAGAUGAAGCCAGUCUUUCUCCCAGCUCUGUCCCGCAUCGCCCUCUGCGGUGGUACCCAUGGCAAUGAGAUGUCGGGCGUGUACCUGGUGAGGGAGCUGCAGAGGCAGAAACUGGAAAAGGCAGGGUCGGCGACCUUGACCACAGUCAUAUCCAACCCACGUGCAGUCCAAGUGUGCAAAAGAUACACCGACAUGGACCUCAACCGUUGUUUCACCGACGCCAUACUAAGUUCACCUGUGACGGACGCCACCCCGUACGAGGUGAGGCGUGCCCAGGAGCUGAACACUCUACUGGGGCCCAAGGGCAGCGUUGGGGCCAUGGACCUGGUGUGUGACCUCCAUAACACCACAGCAAACAUGGGCCUCAGUCUGAUCUCCUACUCUGACCAAGACUGGGUCAUCUUGCACAUCUAUAGACAAAUCCAGAGGAAGAUAACCUCAGCGCCCGUGAGGUUUAUCCUGCUGGAUCUACCCUUAGCUGAUGCCUACUCUCAGGACUCCCUGGGCAAGCAUGGCUUCUCGAUAGAGGUGGGACCUCAACCCCAUGGUGUGGUCAGAGCCGACAUCUUCAACAUCAUGAAGGAGGCGGUCGACCAGACACUAGAUUGGGUCCAGUGCUUCAACUCAGGAAGUGCCUUUGAAGGUGGUGAGGUGGACGAUGUGUACACCUUUGUGAAGAGUAUAGACUACCCAAGAGACCCAGAGACCAAUCAAAUCACUGCUGCCAUACAUCCCCAACUACAGGACCGUGACUUCUGCCUCCUCCAUCCGGGAGAUCCAAUGUUCCUGAUGUUUUCUGGGGAGAUAGUGAAGUACGAAGGAGAAGAAGUCCUCCAUCCCUACUUUGUGAACGAGUGUGCAUACUAUGAGAAGAGUAUUGCCUUCCACCUGGCACGAAAGAUGACUCUGACUAUCCCCCCCUUGCAAGUGAAGAGAGAUUGAUGAAGGAAGGGGAGGAAAAGAGAGACAAUUUGAAGAGCGGGAGAAUCAAAGGGAAAAAAAUGCACAGAACCUUAAGAAUUACUAACUAGUCUAACCUCAUUUUCAAUUGAUUUUUUAUUCCAUUGCUUUUAAUCAUCACUAAAUGACCUCAGGAAUACUGUAUGUGAAAUUAUGCACAGUUCAAUGCAAUGAUCUAGUAUUUCAAUUAAACAUGUACAUUUUUUGUUUAA